AUGGAAAUGGAUGUACUGUAUAAUUCUGAGGAAGAAACUGCUUUUCAUGACCAAGAAUUCUAUGAAAUCAAGAAUGCAAUAUGCUCAAGGCUUAAUACAGAAUUCGUCGGUCGCUUCCUGGUUAAUGACUCGCUUCGCAUGCACCUUAUAGGCUUUCUAGCCAUUGAAAGCAUUCCAAUUACAGCUGAUUCGCUCGCAAGAGCAGCUCCCAUUCCUGCCAACACUAAUAAUAAUAAUGAUGUCAACGAGACAGAAGCUCUGUUAAAUCCUUCAAAUGCGGCUUUUUUGAGCAGUAUUCAGGUAGUUGUCCGUGUUAAAGGGAAUCGAAUUGUCUUGUCGUUGACAAGUUUUCUGAUGGAGGAUGAAGACCAAAUUUCGGGGGAGGUGGCUAACUUAUCAGUCAACGUUGAGGAAGAGGAUAGACUUGUUUUUGAAAAAGAUGAAGAGCUCUCUACAACAAUUCAAGUUCAAAAAAUGGGGCUACUGGCAGCUGCUAUCUCGGAUGCACAUUUGACUGAUUUUCCUAUGUCUGGUUAUGCCUUCACUUGGGAACAUGGUCGCUCUAGCGGCAAUUUAAUUGAGGAAAAACUUGAUCAUGUUCUGGCCACUAACUCUUGGCGACGAAAUUUCUCUCAAGCCCGGGCUAUGGUUCUUGAUAAGUCUUCAUCCGACCAUCUUCCAAUUUACCUUGAAAUACGCCACUUUGUGCCUAGGGCUCAGGCUAGACGAUUCCAUUUCGAGAAUAGCUGGAGGAGGGAGGCUGUUUGUAAGGAUCUGAUUAAGGGUUGUUGGUUAGAGACAGCGGGUAUGGCUUUAUCUGAAAGGAUUUCUCGUUGCAAAGCACUUCUUGAGGUCUGGGGGGAAGAACUUCGCCAUUAUCAAAAAGGGGAAUUUGCGACUUGCAUGGCUGUCCUGGCUGCUACAAGAAGUUCUCGUACCACAAGGGAUAAUGUCCGGUUUCUGGAGGAAGGUGAUGCUAAUACCCGUUUCUUCCAUCGAAGAGCUUCAGCCCGUCAGCAACAGAAUCGGAUUUCUUCUUUGAGAGAUGAAUCUGGAAACUGUUGUUACUUGAACUCCGGGUUAGAGGAUCAUAUGCCUGUUAUCACUGAGGAGCAAAAUGAGUUCUUAUUAGCUCCUUACUCAAUUGAGGAUGUUCGGGCAACAGUGUUUGACAUGAAGGCCGACAAAGCCUCGGGACUUGACUGGUUCAAUCCUGGUUUUUACCAAGGCUACUGGGACAUUAUAGGUAAUGAUAUUGCUCAGAACUGUAUUGAGAUAAUUCACAGCGGGUCUAUUCCUGAUCAUCUGAAUGUGAUUGGUUUGGUUUUGAUUCCUAAGAAAUCAUCCCCCGAAUCUAUGACUGAUUUGAGACCGAUUGCCCUUUGCAAUGUUCUAUUAAAAAUCAUUACUAAGCUGCUAGCAAAUCAUCUUCGCAAUAUUCUUCCGCUUCUGAUUUUGGAAAGCCGGAGUGCCUUUGUUGCGGGUAGAAAUAUUCAAGAUAAUUGUAUUCUUGCUUUUGAAGCUUUACAUGCAUUUCAUAGGAAGACUAGGGGUUCUAAUUUUUCUACAGCUGUCAAAAUGGACAUCAGCAAAGCAUACGACAGAAUGGAGUGGUCCUUUCUUCGUCAAAUACUAACUAAGUUGGGUUUUCAUGCCCUAUGGAUUAAUCUUAUCAUGUCUAGUCUAACUUCGAUUAAGUACUGA